CCUGCGGCGGGGUUGCAGCCUGAGUGUAUCCGGCCAGCUAGCAGAAGGUGAUCCCUGCUCACCAGGCUGAGGGAUGACUGAGGAGGACUCCGAGAGCGUUGCCACCGACUCCCAGGUGGAGGAGGAAGGCGUGCUGCCGGUCAUCCAGCUAUGCGGGCUGGUGGAGGAGCUCAGCUAUGGAAAUUCUGCUCUCAAAACAGAAACAGAGAUGUUUGAGAAAUAUUACUCUAAACUGGAACCCAGGGAUCACAGACAUCCACGGCUAUCAGAAAUUAAAAUGUCAGCAGAUUUUUCACAGUUCCGUAGCAGGCGUAAGUCCAAGACCCGCUCAGGUCUGGACCAUUUGGCAGGCCUCAAUGUAGACCAAAAACUUGACCUUGUACAAAAGGAGCUGGAAGACACAAAGGAUGAAAUAAGGCACAUGCGGGCUAAUGCUGAACGGGACCUGCAGCACCAUGAGGCUAUCAUUGAGGAAGCAGAAAUUCGAUGGAUUGAAGUGCAGAGAGCAGUGCAUGAUUUUGAAAAAGAUAUUCUAAAAACCAUAUCCAAGAAGAAAGGGAGCAUUCUGGCCACUCAGAAAGUGAUGAAGUACAUCGAGGAUAUGAAUCGCCGGAGGGAUAAUAUGAAAGAAAAAUUAUGCUUGAAAAAUAUUUCUCUCAAAAUUCAGAGGAAAAAAAUGCUUUUACAAUUGAGGCAGAAGGAAGAAGUGGGGGAGGCUCUGCACGAUGUUGAUUUUCAGCAGCUCAAGAUCGAGAACACUCAGUGUUUAGAGAUGAUUGAAGCGAGGAAUCAAGAACUGAUCCAACUGAAGCUGGCCUUUGGGAACACUCUGCAGGUUCUUAACACCUACAAAGACAAGCUUCAUCGGGCAAUGGAAAUAUAUAAUAAUCUGGACAAGGAGAUUUUGCUGAGAAAUGAGCUACUGGGGAAAAUCGAAAGAGAAACCAUACAGGCAGAGGAGUACAGGGCCAAAGCCCAGAUCUUGAACAAGAAGUUACGGAAGCAGCUGGCUGAGUUCCGGGCACCACAGGUGAUGAUGUACGUCAAGGAGAAGAUCUUGAAUGGGGACCUGGAGAAGACCAUCAAGACAUGGGAGAGGAAGGUAGAGAUUGCCGAGAUGUCCUUAAAAGGCUACCGCAAUGCUUGGAAUAAAAUGAAAACAUCUGAUGAGCACCUGCAGAAAAUCCGGCCCCUUAAGAAAUAGCCAGGGGCAACCUGCAGCUUGCACACCAAGAAGUGAUCCAUUAAAGCACUCUAGUGUUUUCC